GUUCGCCUCAAGAAAGUUGCAGGCCUACAGAUGUUCAUACAGAAACCAGAACUUGUGCUCAGACAGUUGGGUUUAGUUGGAAGAGGAUGAUCUAGUUAGAUUAGGAACCUUAAGAAUCUGAUCCAUUUCUAAAUUAACAGUUCUUCAAACCACUCGGUCCCAUGGCACAUACUCGAUUGCAUGAGCUUCCAUAAUCUGAGACACGCGCGCAUAGUCCAGAAACCCAUCCAGCCUGAAAUUUGCUUUCUCCGUUGUCUCCUGUAUAUAUACAUUAAUACAUAUUAAUAUGACAUUUCAAUAAUAUUUAAAAUUCAAGACCAACAUGACACAUAUGACUUACAGUUGGAUGAUCAUAAGUUGGGCCCAAAAUGACCGUGUUGUUUUUUUCAUCGUAACGAAGGACGUCCUCACGGGCAAGGAACCUUUGGAAGCUGUUGUAUCUUUCUAUGUUGGACCGUACCUUAGAGAUGAUAUCCCCCUGAGUUGCUUGCAGGCGCAGGUGGACCAUCCAGGCCAAUGAAGAUUCGAUGUCGUCAAUUACGGUGCUCAUGAAAUCAGGUUGCCCCAUAUUUGCAUCGUAAUCUGUGGCACGAUAGUGAAGGAUGUGCAACUAGGUUUCUUCCUCGGUCUUUGACCAGGCUCUUCUGUUUUGCAUCGCCAUUUUAUGAUAUGUGUUUAAAAACACGAAUAGAAUCGGCAGUAGUAUGUUUUGUAAGAAUUGUGGUCUGGCAAUUAAAUAGAGAGAAUGGAGAUCUGCUGAAGGGGUGCUUAAAUCGAUGGAACCGUCCCCCACUAAUGGACAUAAUAAUAUAAUUAACUCCCACAUUUUAAAAGACCUGUCGAUCCAUAUCUCGCCCAUUAAUUGAAUGCCUCCAGCUAUGGAACAACAAAAAGGAAGGUCAAUGUUUUCAACUGACACACGUUUGGGCCAUGUUAACUCUCAUCUAUCUACCGACUGUGUAUCGUAUUGAAUGCCGGUCAUUUCGGAGAGACACGUGCAUUCAUGAACCCUAACUCCUAUUUAUUAAUAUGCGCUUUUGACAGGCACUGCCGCACUUUGCAAAAAUCUACCCUUUCAACUUCUUCCUCUCACCACUUUCGUCCCAAAAAAUGGCUCAGACUCAGCAAUACCUCGGUGCAUGGACCGACGCAGAAAGAAGCGAAGUGAUCAAAGUGCUUCAUGACAGAACCGGCAACGUAGACAAAGAUAUGUCGGACCCGCAGGAAGUGCGGCUCAUGCUCGACGAAAUAGAAUCGUGCUUGGCUACCUUCACUCCUACUCAAUUUCGCAGGACUCGCGGCGAGAUUCUGGGUAAAAUAAAGGAUUUCAUCAAGACGUACAACAGGUUCGUCUCCUUCAUUUCCAAACCCCAGAUCAUCUACGAUGUUGAGUCCAACCUCGUUCGCGUCGAAGGAAUCUACGACUACAACAGGGAGACGACGGAGGAAACAAGAUUUAGGUUGGAUGGGUUUCAGCACUAUGCGGCGAUGAAGGAGGUGUUGGAGGGAAGUGCCAUUGAGUUGGUGCCUUGGGGUUUCAUACUUGAGGGGAAGAGUACUAGAAAUGGUUUUCUUUUUGUGUUUUUGAUAUAUCGGCUGCGAGGCCUUCUUUUUUUUCCAACUGUGUACAUUUAUCAUUAAAUCUUAUGUUUGUAGGCUUCCAUUUUGUUAUGCAAUCGAUGCUACUUAAAUAUUAAUUAUGAUAUGUAUAUGUGGUUUCAUAAACCACACUUUUCGUAUAUAUGUUU